AUGACGGAGGGCACGUGCCUGCGUCGCCGGGGCGGCCCCUGGAAGACCGAGCCCGCCACCGACCUCAGCCGCUGGCGCCUGCGCUGCGAGCGGGGCCGGCAGACGUGGACGUACCUGGGGGCGGAGGAGGGCCCCGGCCGCGGGCAGACGGCGCUGGAGGCGCACUCCCUGGGCCUGGACACCGGGAGUUACUUCAAGGACUUGCCCAAAGCCGACACAGCCCGUGCCGCGGCUCUCAACGGGAUCACGUUUUACGUGGGGCUGCAGGCUGAGGAUGGGCACUGGGCCGGUGACUAUGGCGGCCCACUCUUCCUCCUGCCAGGUCUGCUCAUCACGUGCUACGUGGCACAGAUCCCUCUGCCGGCUGGAUAUAGAGAAGAGAUAGUGCGGUACCUGCGGUCCGUGCAGCUCCCUGAUGGCGGCUGGGGCCUGCACGUGGAAGACAAGUCCACGGUGUUUGGGACCGCACUCAACUACGUGUCUCUAAGAAUUCUGGGUGUUGGGCCUGACGAUCCUGACUUGGUGCGAGCCCGGAACAUUCUCCACGAGAAAGGCGGCGCCGUGGUCAUCCCUUCCUGGGGGAAGUUCUGGUUGGCCGUCCUGAACGUUUACAGCUGGGAAGGCCUCAACACUCUGUUCCCGGAGAUGUGGCUGCUUCCCACCUGGGCACCCGCGCACCCCUCCACGCUCUGGUGCCACUGCCGACAGGUCUACCUGCCCAUGAGCUACUGCUACGCCACCCGGCUGACCGCCAAGGAGGACCCGCUGGUCCAGAGCCUCCGCCAGGAGCUCUACGUGGAGGACUACGCCGGCAUCGACUGGCCGGCGCACAGGAGCAGCGUGGCCCCCGACGAGCUGUACACGCCGCACAGCUGGCUGCUCCGCGUGGUGUAUGCGUUGCUCAACCUGUACGAGCGCCACCACAGCGCCAGCCUGCGCCAGCGGGCCGUCCAGAGGCUGUACGAGCACAUCGCGGCGGACGACCGCUUCUCCAAGUGCAUCAGCAUCGGCCCGAUCUCGAAGACCAUCAACAUGCUCGUGCGCUGGUACGUGGACGGGCCCGCCUCCUCUGUCUUCCAGGAGCACGUCUCCAGGAUUCCCGAUUACCUGUGGCUGGGCCUCGACGGCAUGAAAAUGCAGGGCACCAACGGCUCGCAGGUGUGGGACACCUCCUUUGCGGUGCAGGCCCUCCUCGAGGCAGGGGCACACCACAGGCCCGACUUCUUGUCUUCCCUGCAGAAGGCACAUGAGUUUCUCCGCAUCUCGCAGGUCCCCGACAACUACCCUGACCACCAGAAGUACUACCGCCAGAUGAGCAAGGGCGGCUUCCCCUUCAGCACGCUGGAGUGUGGCUGGAUCGUUGCCGACUGCACAGCCGAGGCCUUGAAGUCCAUCCUCCUGCUGCAGGAGAAGUGUUCCUUCGUCACCAAGCACGUCGCCCGAGAGCAGCUCUGUGACGCUGUUGCUGUGUUGCUGAACAUGAGAAAUUCUGACGGAGGGUUUUCCACCUAUGAGACUAAGCGUGGGGGGCACCUGCUGGAGCUGCUGAACCCCUCGGAGGUCUUCGGGGACAUCAUGAUCGACUACACGUACGUGGAGUGCACGUCGGCCGUGAUGCAGGCCCUGAAGCUCUUCCACCAGUGUUUCCCGGACCACAGGGCCGGCGAGAUCAGGGAGACGCUCCAGCAGGGCCUGGCCUUCUGUCGGCGGAAGCAGCGGGCUGACGGCUCCUGGGAAGGCUCCUGGGGGGUUUGCUUCACGUACGGCACCUGGUUCGGGCUGGAAGCUUUCGCCUGCAUGGGGCAGACUUACCACAGCGGGGCUGUGUGUGCAGAGGUCUCUCAGGCCUGCGCCUUCCUGCUCUCCCGGCAGAUGGCCGAUGGGGGCUGGGGGGAGGACUUCGAGUCCUGCGAGCAGCGGCGUUACGUGCAGAGCACCGCGUCCCAGAUCCACAACACGUGCUGGGCCCUGAUGGGGCUGAUGGCCGUCAGGCAUCCCUGCGUGGAGGCCCUGGAGAGAGGAGUCCGGUGUCUGCUUCGAAAACAGCUCCCCAACGGCGACUGGCCCCAGGACAACACGGCCGGCGUCUUCAACAAGUCCUGUGCCAUCAACUAUACGAGCUACAGGAACGUCUUCCCCAUCUGGACCCUCGGCCGCUUCUCCCGCCUGUACCCCGAGAGCGCCCUUGCCGGCCACCCUUGAGGGCACCUGGCAGGUGGUGGUGGGGACGGGUGUCCGGGGGGGGGCCACCAAGCAGCAGGUUCCAGCUGGGGCCCUCGGGUGAGCUGCAGGAGCCCCACCUAGGGGCCCAGUGCCCUCACCACCUGCUCCGGCAGGGCAAGGGCAGGGCCAGGGCAGACCUGGGGCAGGGCAGGGGGGGCGGCUUUAGACCCUUGUUUUCAGGGUUUAGUUCUUAGAAGUGUUGCUUAGAUGAGGAAAGGAGCAGGAUGAGCCACGAGCCCGGGGGCACAGCCCGUGGUGCUUCUGCUCGGAGCCCUGCUGGCGCCCUGGCCGCUGUGCCGUGGGGCCCGGGUGUCCUGUGGAUGCCUGUUGAGCGUCUGCCCCACUCCCCAGGUUUACAUGAGGGUUCGCUUUGGCUGGAGGAACCGUUGGGAUCCCCUGGAAACCCGUCGGGUUGCUCUUGCACUUCUUUCCUUGCCCACGUUCUCCCGUCGGGGCGGGCUGGCCAUUUCCCGCGGCAGCCGCUGCCCGGGAGGCUGAGCCAUGGUCGGGUCGCUGCACAGACCUAACAAGGGAAGAUCUGAUGCCACCUCUGCUGCCGAUGCCGCCGCCCUGCGGCAGCUCCCUUGAUAAGCAGACCCGUGGUUCCAUCAGGCCAAAGCGUGGUGCACUCGUGUCUCUCCUGUGGGGACGGUCCAGGGUCUGGGUCCUCAGAGACCGCUGCGCGAGCUCCACGUGGGUCUCGGGAGCCGCGUGAUGGCUCCAAGAGGAGCAGGUGUGUCUCCUCUGCUUGAUUAAAAAUCGGUUCUAAACAAAACAGACUCAAAUACAGACCAAACUGCUGGUUGCUGGGGGUGGGGGGUGACUGAACAGGUGACGGGGCUUCAAGCAUGGACUUCAGUUAUAAAAUGCGUAGCUCGGUGAUGGAAAGUACUGUGGGGAGUGCAGCCCAUGAUCGUGCGCCGCGUGGAAGGUGACAGGUGCGGGGGCGCGAGCAGCGUACGUGGUGGGCGAGUCGGUGCCUUGUACACCUGGCCCGGGCCAACCCUGGGUCAGCCGUGCUUCGAUAAAGUCCAGUUCUCCGUCUUGGGAGAGAACAUUAAAGACGCCUGAAUUCAAAUUAUUCUUGGUUGUCGGGCCCAGAUUUUGUUUUAUGCUGGGAGGCUGUUGCUGGAGCCGUAUCAGGACUUCGGUAUCGGCCACGACGCCAACUCCACACCUUCCCUCUGAGGAAUUCCCUGACUAAAAAUCCUUAAUUCGCAGUGGGAAUUCCUCUCUGGGAAAGUACUUUUUCUUCCUGGACACCGUCACUAUUGCUACAUCCACGUUUAAUUAGGCAAUAAAAUGUUUCAAGAACUGA